UUAAGCUUCACAUCGUGCCGGAAUAAUGACACGAGACACAGAAAGAUGAACCGAGAGAAAGCUGUCGUGUGUGGUGUGACUGUCCACUUAGCUUUGGUGUCCUCCACUCCACGUUUACAUGGCAUGUAAGGGUGUGCUGGUGUGGAACAGCCUGACGGGUAACUUCACCUGGACCUACGCUUCCUCCACCAGCAUCCUCACCUGCUGUGUCCAUGACAACCCCUCCGCUCGUGUCGCCUUUUGGCGGGCAGCCUCCGCCACCGCCGCCGCCGCCACAGCAGCCGCAGCAGCAGGCCCAGGCAGCACGGGAUGUCAACACGGCCUCUCUGUGUCGCAUCGGCCAGGAGACGGUCCAAGACAUUGUCCUCAGGACCAUGGAGAUCUUCCAGCUCCUCAGGAACAUGCAGCUGCCCAAUGGAGUCACUUACAACCCCAACACCCACGGGGACAGGCUGGGGAAACUACAGGAGCACCUACGGAUGCUCUCUGUGCUGUUCCGCAAGCUGCGCCUCGUCUACGACAAAUGCAACGAAAACUGCGCCGGGAUGGACACCGUGCCUCCGGAGCAACUGAUACCCUUCGUGGAUGAUGACAGCUCUAAACAUGAGGAUCGCUCAGCUGGCCAGAGCCGCCCUGCCACCGAGGAGAGGAGAGAAAUCCUGGAGGUCAACAAGAAGCUGAAGCAGAAGAACCAGCAGUUAAAGCAGAUCAUGGACCAACUCCGCAACCUCAUCUGGGAAAUCAACUCCAUGCUGGCCGUCAGGAGCUGAGCCACACACCCUCGAACACCCAUUCAUAUACCCCCCCCA